UUUCGUUUUCGUUCGUUGUUUGUCAAAACGCGAAGUGCAGUACAAAAGAAAAGUCAACACAACGUAAAAACAGAUACUGAACCGCCGAGCCGCGACUGUGUGUUGGUGUGAUUAUUUUUUUUGUGUUUAGUGUUUAUUGUGCGGACGAAAAAACAAACGCUGGAGUCAAAGCGGAGCAAGUCCAAUUGGAGUUAUUCGAGAUCGCAGUGCUUCUAGAGGAGUCCUGUGUUCCGGGGCACUUCCCCCGCUCGAAAAGAGCCCCUUUCAACCCCAGUGUUCCAGUCGAAUUAGGGGUUGCAAAUUUUUUGCAGCCAGCCCGGAGAAGUUGGGGGAAAGGAGAGUGAGUCAGAAGGAAGGAAGCGCGCACAUCAACACGGCCCCCACGUCCAAUCGGAACCAGAAGGGGAAUCAGAAUCCUUGAGAGAAUCCUUUUCGCGUGCCAUGCGUGACCUCGGCACCAAAAUGGCCGAGCUAAAAUUCGAGGCUCCGUUGGCGAAGUUCGAGGAGACGGACGAGUGGGGCGGCUGUGACUUCAUAUCGAGCCAGAACGCCCUCAACGACACGCUGAACCUGAAUCUGAAGGAGUCCUCGUCGGCCGGCAAGCCGGACGCGGCCAAGCUGCGGCUCCUGGAGGAUGCGGUGCGCGACGCUCACGUGAGCAAGAACGGCGGAGGAGGCGGCCUGGGCGGACUGGGAGGGGGAGCUGGCUCCAUCAGCCCCAACUGCAACACGCUGCAGGGCGGCGGGUCGGUCGCGGACCUCGGCCUGUCCGACGUGGGCCUGGUGCCCGGCGAGGGCGGCGGGUCUGGCCUGGACGGCCUGGAGAAGCGGUCCCUGGCCGCCGGCGACCAUGUGGACAACUUCACGGAAACCUUUGGCGGCAGUCUAGAGGAUCUGGUCAACACGUUCGACGAGAAGAUCACCAAGUGCUUCGGCAACUACGAGGAGAACGUCGAGGAGCUGGCUCCGGUGCAGGUGCGCAGCCAGGAGGAGAUCAUGAACGAAUGCCAAAUGUGGUGGACCAUCACCGGCAACUUCGGCAACAUUCUGCCCAUCGACUGGUCCAAGUCGUACACCCGUCAGAUGCACAUGCCCACCCUGAACCUCGGCCAGGGCCACACGAAGCAGCAGCAGCAGGCGCGCAACCAGCAGCAGCAGCUGCUCAGCCAGGGCGGCCAGGCGAUGCCGCCAGCAGGAGCUGGCUCCCACGGAUCCGGAGCAGGAGCAGGAGCAGGACUGGACGCCCAGACACCGGGCGACGAGUUCAACGACCUGGCCAGCGAGGACGAGGCGGUGGCCAGCGACCUGGACAUGCACGCGCUGAUCCUCAACGGGCUGAACGGGGACCUGGACGACCAGCCGAUCAAGACGGUGGAGGAGGUGAUCAAGGAGAUCGACGACAUCAUGGACGAGGCCGAGAGCCCGCUGGACGAGCCGGACAACUGCGACUCGGAGGUGAUCGAGAAGGCGCGCGAGGUCCUGGGUGCGCCGCUCUACGCGGAAAAGCUGCAGUAUCUGAGCACGACACAGCUGAACGAGCUGUACAUGGAGAUGGAGGUGCUCAUCCAGGAGCUGAGCGAGACCCUCAUCAACGAGCUGGCCCUCCGCGACGAGCUGGAGUUCGAGAAGGAGCUGAAGAACUCCUUCAUCUCGCUGCUCCUCGCCGUGCAGAACAAGCGGCGGCAGUACCACGUGGAGAAGAAGCGCGGCAAGUUCCAGGGUCCCGAGCCCAAGUACUUGACCACAGUCAUUCCGUACCACCUGGAGAUUGGCACGCCCAACAACCAGUCGCUGCAGGUCCUGAUCAAGAUCCUCAAGGCCAUCAACGAGGACAGCCCGACGGUGCCGGCCCUGCUCACGGACUACAUCCUGAAGGUCCUGUGCCCCACAUAAGCAGUCAUAAGCAGUUGUUAGGAACCUAGGAAACCGAGGAGUCCAGGCAUCCAGCUACCGCUCUAUCUCUCUGUCUGUGUUUAUACCACUUACCGUACAUCUAUAUACAACUUGCAUAUACGCGCACGCCCCACAUAGUCUAAAGAUAAGUUCCGGUACCUUCAGUUACUGUUUGCCCGCGUACCCAAGCAAACAUUCGGGUGGAGUGGAGCCCUUUCCACGCAGCAGGAGUGCCCGGGAAACCCCGGCGAUUGGGAGCCCUUUCCGGGCGCCAAGGAGGCUCGACUCCUGGCCACCUGGGAUGGAGAUGGAGAUGGAGUUCCCCCUCUGGCCGCACCACAGAUCAAAAUAUGCAACAAAAUACACAUGUAACGCGUACUCGUAUUUAGACUCUAUAACCUAUCGAAAUAUUACGGAGGCGCCUUAUGUAAAGGGCAGCCCCUGCCCUUCCGGCAAUAAUACUCACUCUCCGCCGCCUCUCCUCCCCCAAAAGUUAAGAAGACGAUAUUUAUACCUAGGAGCAUUCGCAUUCGCAUUUGCAUUCGCAUUCGUAUUGUUAAAGAGCCGACUCCAAUAAGCUUGAAUAUAUAUGGUAAAUGCAUCCGAGGCAUCGCAGCUUCAACUACUCUUCUAUAUGUGUACGAGUAAUGCCCAGAUCGAAUCCCUGCUGCUUGCAUUAUGUUCGCCGGCUUUCUGCAACCGAAGGAGCAGGCCUUCCUGCCAGUCCCUAGUUUGUACAAUAAGUAUCUUGUAUGUAAUAUAUAACUUGAGUGUAUAAUGUGCAUGGCCUGUGUGUCCCGGAGAAUCCGUCGUUUCCGAAUGUGUUCCGAGUGCAAUCAUCAUUUGGGACGGCCGUCGAAAUCUGAAUCUGAAUCUGUAUCUGAAUCACAAUCAGAAUCAGAAACAGUGGAAGUUAUUGUUUUCGCUUUGCUUUAAGUUUUACUACGCCUAAUUUACUCAUUUUAUUGUUUUCGAGGCCAUAAAUUGCGUUCUGUUUUGUUCGAAGCAAUCGUUUAAUGUAGAGGAGGGAGACACAAAUUUAAUUAUAAUUUGCAUACGAAACGCUGUGUUAUUUACUUUUACCAAACAAGCAUAAAUAAAUACAAUUAAAUAACUAUAAAAGUAAGCUUCAAAUCAGUCAGGCGCACAGUGCUCUUCUUUUACUACCAACUACCAGGAAAAUGUCCUCUUUCCUCGACCUUUAAGCUACCAGCCACACUAACUAGCUAACUCCAAACUAAAUGAUAAAAUGAUAAGCAAGUAAGAAGAAUCCGUAUUGAAUAUACAAAGUUGCAUCAAGUCAAGUCCAAGAAGUACCCCUCUCACAUACAUAUAUCAUGUCCGAAGGAAAGGAGCCGCCGGAGCGGAGGAGGUCGACUUUCCUGCUGGACGAUAAUUGAUAAUUGAAUCACAUCUAUGCACAUCUUAGGUACCUUGGUUAGUAAACGAAACCCAUGAAAGACAAACACACCACACACAAGAGAAACCGCAUAAAUGUUUACGACUUCAUCAUAUACGAUAUACGAUUAAAUGUAUAUCAAUUACGGUCGCGCUUUAUAAGUCAAAUGAAAACGUAUUUACCCAAAAGCAAAUUCAAAUGGAGUACGACUUUUUUAGGUCUCUGCAAAGUAACAUAAAGAAAGGCUAUUAAAUCAUAUAAUAUGAUUCAAAAUAAAAGGAAUCUCUUAAUUGUACGUGUAUUUGUAAAUUAUUUAAAGAGUCCAUGUUAAAGUCGAACGAAAAACAAAUUAAUGACAGCCUAGAAUGGAAAUUAUAUUUAUUUAAUAAAUUAGUGAAAGGAGAACACAAAAAAGUUCUAUGUACAAUGGACAAACCGAAAAACUUUUAAAUUGCUUGAAUAAAAUGAAGAAAAACCA